AUGAGUCUGCUGCUGAAGCGACGUUCGCGCAGCGAGACGCGUGCCGCUCCACAAACAAAGCAGGAGAUUCCAUCGGAGGUGCCACCUCAGCAACCACAACAGCGACAGCAGCAACAGAAGCAGCGACAGCAAAAAAGUCUCGAAAACAGCAACACACAAUCCCUACAGCGUCUGGGUCUGGGAGGAGGUAUAGGAACGGGAAUGGGCAGACGCAAGACAUCCGCGGAGCUUAUCAGCGAGGCCAAAAUAUUUUUGGGUGACCUGUCCACGACAACGGCAACAGUAACGGCGGCAAUGACAGCCGCUGGAGGCGCACGCUUGGUCAGCACAAGGCGACCCAUAACGCCACGUGAGCCUGGACGUGUGCUCUACGGAAAGGUGGCGUUAGCAGGUCGUCCGCCGAGUGCUUUCUCUAUGCGAUAUCUGCAGAACGAAAUUCUGGAUACAAAGUUGGCGCCGCCACGUCAGUUGCCGGCAUUGCCAGGUGCAGCUGCUCAAGUGGCAACAACAACAACUCCGCCUGCACGCAAUGGAGCUCUGCUGGGUCAGUGCAGCACGGAGACGCUCAUCGAGCUGCUCAAGCAGCAUGCCGGUCUCAAGGAUUGCAGCGCUGAAACUGUGCAGCACAUCAAUGCGAUCCUUUUGGAGCUGUACACUCGGGUGCGCAAACAGGAGCGCAACUUUAAGCGCGCUUUCAUAUUGGGCGGUCUCUACGGUCUCGUCGAGUGCACGUCACCGCGUGUCCUUCUAGCUGUAGCACGUGUCGUCCUUGCGCUACGAGUAACGGGCAGCAAUUUGACCGGUGCCUGCAAGCUAAUCUUUAAGGUAGCCCGCCACGAGCAGCACGAUGGUCUAUUCCAUGAGAAUGAUGUGCUGGAGCUACUGAUCGAUGGUCUGGGUCACGCCUCGCCAUUGGACGAGCCGGAGGCCUGCAUUUAUGCCUAUGGUUGUAUACGCUUUCUAACCGCUAGCAGCGCCCAGGAUCGGGAUGAUGCACUCAAUCGCAACUGGGCAGCCGGGCUAGAGGAGCCACUGCCGCCGGCGACGAUUGCAGCAGUAACAGCUUUGACAUCAACGUCCGAUAUACGAAAAUUGAAUGGCCAACAAACCCUGGUAUGCCGCCUGGCACGCCAUGGAGCCGUUGAUCUAAUGAUCCUACACUUGCAAAUGCUCAACGAGGCGGGCGCCACACGCCGACUGAGUGGGCCGCCACUCCACACCCUUUAUCAGCUGUCGGCAGCUCUGCGAGCUCUAGCGGAUGUGGCCAAGCAGCAGCAGCGAUUGCAACUACAGCUGCAAAUGGCGUGUCCACAUCUAAUACGUGCCGCCGAGGUGUCCAUGGGUGAGCUGGAGGUACAGGCCAAUGUGGUGCGCACACUAAGUGUAUUGUCCGAGGAUGUCGACUGUUGCGAGACGUUGCUUAACUAUGCCGCACGCAUUGGUCUGCUGCUGGGUCCCUGCUCCAAGGGAUCUAAGGACAGCGAGCGUCUGCUGGCGGUGCUCAGCCGACUUGGCUACAUGCUUGGCAAUAUUCUGGCCAAGCACGAGUCGGCACGCGUUCAGUACUAUCACAACGAUGUGGCCAUGGAGUAUCUAUUGAAUGUGCUGCAGCAGCUAAGCGAACGCACGCCGGCUAACGAGACACUACUGGAUGCCCAGAUCAAGCUGAUUCGGGUCGUGGCUAAUAUGAGUGUCAAUGCGGAGGUUGGUGCCGGUCUCGGCAAUGUCCACGCUCUGGGCAAGGUGCUGUUGCGUCUGUUGAAGAACGCAGCCGCUGCGUUGGAUGGACCAACUGAAGCUGGACACCCGGCUAUGGAGAUGUUGGAGCUACUGCAUGCCACGCUGGGUGCCCUUCACAAUCUAUGUUUUUACCAGGACAAGCAAACGACAGUGACAUCAGUAUCAACGCCACCAGCGCCUGGUUCACUCCAAAGUCUCAUUGACGAGCUGUCGACGGAAUUGGCCACAGCUUUGGGCCGCUGUCAGUCGAGAUCGGUGUCCACCAAGGUGGAAAUUGCCCGUGUGCUGGGCAAUCUAACACGCAAUGAGCUGGCACGCCAAUGUUUCUGCAAGGCCAAUGGAUUGCCAUUGAUGGUCCAGCAGCUCACACGACAGGCGAGUGGACAGGAUUACGAGUUGCGCACAUGCGCCAUUGGAGUGCUGGUCAAUCUGCUCGGGGAUGGCGAGCAACGAGCUCCAUUUCUACAGCUACGUGGAGCUGAGCUAUUGACGUUACUUUUACGCGGUGCACUCGAGCAGGAGGAUUGGUUUCUGGCAAAUAUUGUCUGUCAGGCACUGUGGAAUCUGCUGAUUGAUGGCCAGUGUGCGACAGCCCUGUGUCUCAAUGGUAGCAUUCUCGACGAGGUUAGCGAACUCUUAGCCGAUUAUUUAGAUGAAGAUCGAUUAAUUGCCGCCGACGUCGAUGACGAAGCAGAAGCGGAACAGGAUCCAGAGCCGGAGCCGGAGCCGCAUUCAGAGCCAGGGAAAGAUCUAGAGACGGAUACGCAACUGGAUCCGGAUUCGACACCUGAUGCAUUAUGGGAGGAUUUUGCUCUGGUAGCCACCGAUUUAUUGGAGCGCAUUCAAAACAACUUCGAUAGGCAACAACAGCACCAACAACGCCAAGCAGUGUAUAUCGAUAACGAUAACGAUGACAACGACAAUGACGAUGUAUUUAUCGAAGAAAUGUAGAACAUUUUCAACUUCAAAAUCUGAA